UGUUAAACAUCGAUAUCUGGAAACUUUCCAUCACCAGACUUCCUACCAUCUACUAUUCACUCGAGUAGAAUUCAUUCACUCGAUACCCAGUAUUCUUUUCUCGACGUUCUUUCAUUGAUUAUCGUCAUCUAAUUGCCUCUCGCUUGACCUUCCCUCCACCUCCUUUCCUCUCAGGUCGCCGAUAUGCAUCGAGCAUUAUCGCGCUGCCAGAGUGCAGGAAUUACCUCUGCACUCCUUCGCAAUGUCCGAGUCGCGCGGAUAGCCGGGCUCCAACGUGUUGCUGCGGCACCGUCCACUGCUUUCAUCCCAUCCGCAUCACGAUUCCUCCACAUCCAACAGUCAUUGAGACAGACCGCCGAGGCGACGAGGUCGCACGAACCAUCGGUCGACUACCAUGGACCGAUCUCCCGCUUCGAAGAACUCGGGGAGCGGGGCAUGGCGCAUCCGGCCAUCGUGCAGGCGUUGACCAAGCAGAUGGGCUUGGAGAACAUGACGGACGUGCAGGCGGCGACCGUGGGCAAAGCGUUGUCGGGCAUUGAUAUGGCCGCGCAGGCGAGAACCGGAACGGGCAAGACCCUCGCGUUCCUCGUGCCCAUCCUCCACCGCAUCAUCGAAGAGAACCCGGCGCUCGCAGCCCGGAGCUCGCACUCCCCGCUAGCCUCGAUGGACGAUUCACGCGCGCUGGUCAUCUCUCCUACGCGGGAGUUGGCCGAGCAGAUCGCGGCGGAGGCGAGGCGACUGACUGCUAACACGAACGUAAUCGUGCAAGUCGCGGUCGGAGGUUCGAAUAAACGAGCGGCGCUGCAGGAAAUGCGACGAAGGGGUUGCCAUAUUCUAGUGGCUACGCCGGGGCGAUUGACGGAUCUGUUGAGCGACGAGUACUCGGGCGUGAAGCUCUCGAAGCUCAAUACCCUCGUCCUUGAUGAGGCCGAUCGACUUCUGGAUGAUGGAUUUUGGCCGGAGAUCAUGCGGAUCGAGAGAUUCCUUCCGCAACGCAAAGAGCGACCGCGUCAAACCCUGCUGUUCUCUGCCACGAUGCCGAGAGAGGUCUUGCAACUCUCUCGACAGCUGCUGCAACCCAAGCACGAGUUCAUCCAGACCGUCAACGAGGACGAAGCGCCGACCCACGAGCGUGUCCCGCAGAAACUGGUGCGCGUGGAUGGAUACCAGAAUUUGAUGCCCGCGCUCUACGAGCUGCUCCUGCAAGGAAAUGAGGCCGCCAAGAACGGCGGACGCCCCUUGAAGGCCAUCGUCUUCUUCAACACCACCGCGGAAGUCGAACUCGGCUUCAGCAUUUUCCGCAACCUCCGCCCGAAGGACGGCCGGUCGCCGCUCGCGCCCGCCCGCCUCUUCGAAAUCCACUCCAAGCUCUCUCAGUUCCAACGCACCGCCGCGUCCGAAGGUUUCCGAAAGGUGGAAUCCGGCAUCAUGUUCUCCUCCGACGUGUCGGCCCGCGGCAUGGACUUCCCGAACGUCACGCACGUCAUCCAGGUGCGCUGCCCCCGAUCGACCGAUACCUACAUCCACCGCGUUGGCCGUACCGGGCGCGCGGGGAGGGAGGGUGAGAGCUGGGUCAUUACCCCGAAGACCGACACCGCCAUUCGCGGCACCCUGAAGGGCCUUCCGGUCAAAGCCGAUAACUCCCUCGGCACCGCCACCCUGGACAUGAAGCAACCCGCCGAACUUCCCAAACUCCAAGCCAUGAUCCUCAACGAGAUCGGCGAAGCCAGCCGCUUCGUCGGCAUGACCCAGAAGUCCUCCGUCUACACCGUCCUCAUGAACAUCAGCCUCGACAAUUCGCGCGAUAUGGAGGCCGGCGUCCAGGAGAUCGUCGACCUGAGCAAAUACGGCUGGGGCUUGCGAUACCCCCCUGCGCUCUCCCGGUUCGUGCUCGGGAAGCUGCCGAGAGGAAUCGACGUUUCCACCGUGUCUGGCCCGGCGACGCCAAGGGAGUCGGAUGACCGCUCCUCGUUCCAAGACCGGCGCGGUGGGUCGCGCGGCGGGUUCGGGGGUCGCGACGGGGGCUCGCGCGGCGGGUUCCAGGACCGCAACAGCGGAUCGCGCGGUGGGUUCAGAGAUCGCGACGGCGGAUCACGCGGCGGGUUCCAAGACCGCGGCAGCGGAUCGCGCGGUGGGUUCAGAGAUCGCGACGGCGGAUCACGCGGCGGGUUCCAAGACCGCGGCAGCCGAGACUUCGGCAGUGCAUAUGGGUCGCGCUCCAACGAUGCCAGUGGCGGCUUUUCCCGCGGGGGGGAUGCCGGCGAGCGGGGCUCGUUCCCGCCGCGAAACAACGACCGGGGUGCGUACCCGCCACGAAGCGAUCGACGAUCGGAUGGCGGACAGGGACGUGGUCGGGAUGGCUCAUCGGGCGGGUCGCGGAGGUAUGAGAGCGGCGGAUUGUUCUGAGCCGGGGUGAGGCUCGAAAAUGCAUGAAAUCGUCUCUGGCCACCGAUACCCGCUACGGCCGAUUGUCAUCUGUUCUGCAUUUUGCUUCCAUUCCUCGCUAUAAGGCGCUUCUCCUCUCCAGUUUGGCGUUGUAAGGACGUGGGGCGAUUGGGCUAUUUGAGUAUCUACAAAAGUCUCGGAGUCAUGGGCAUUUGGAGGUGCAUACCACGGGUUGAUUUGUGUGCUUGUGUAAUAUAUAUGUGUUAAUAGAUGGUUUGAUAGGGGCCUUUUCGAACCGCGACGGACGGAAUCUUUACUUCUUUCUUGUCAUUAGCUCGGCCUAUAUAUUUAUAGCAAAUCUGUUAUUUCAAUGCU